AUGGCGACCUCAAUCGACACACGUUCUUCUCCUCCUCCUCUUCUUCUUCACAUGAAACAGGAUGAUACAAACAUUGUUAGUUCUUCUUCUUCUCCUCAAUUCAGUCCAUCUUCUGAUAAACGAUUCUGGAGCACUCUUCGUAGUAGAAUGGAUUCACUUCUCGAUAAUCCUCAUCCCAAAAUUUCAGAUUCACAUCAUUUGAAUGAACCAGGAAAUAGAAACAGAUUGAAGGAAGAUUCUAUGUUACUGAUAAGAGGGUUUGACUCAGUUUCUCAUACACUCUCUCUUUUGUCUAAUAAUUUGGAUAAUGCAUUACAGAGUACCAGAGAAUUGGGGAAACCACCUACAUUAACUGAUAUGUUCCGAAGCAAAAUUGUUGAGUUAGAAAAGAAAGAGGAUUCAGAAGAGAAAGAUGAGUCAAAGAAAGGAGUGAAAAGGAAAAUUGAUGAAUUCUAUGAAGAAAAUGUUACAGAGUCACAAACAGAAAAUGGACAGAAGAUGCAUGAUAAGCAUAUCAAGAAAGCAAAAAAUCUUGCAGUUUCAAUGGCUAGCAAAGCAAGCUCACUUGCAAGGGAGUUGAAGUGUCUUAAAUCAGAUUUAUGUUUUAUGCAAGAGAGAUGUGGUUUGCUUGAAGAAGAGAACAGAAGACUGCGUGAUGGAUUUGCGAAAGGAGCUAGGCCUGAGGAAGAUGAUCUGGUGAGGCUUCAGCUGGAAGCACUUCUUGGUGAGAAGGCAAGACUGGCAAAUGAAAAUGCAAAUCUGAUGAGAGAAAACCAAUGCCUUCACCAGCUGGUGGAGUAUCAUCAACAUACAUCAGAAGAUCUCUCUGAGUCAUAUGAGCAAGUUAUUCAAGGAAUGUGCUUGGACUUUUCAUCGCCUACAACAACAAUUGAGGAAGAAGAGACGGGGGGUGAAGAAGAAGAUGAUGACGACGACGACCAUGUGUUGUGA